UAUAAAUUUCAUAAAGUAAGAUCCAGUAAAUCCAGUUCCAUCAAAUAUAUGGUACUUACGAGUGCUUUAUAUUUCUCCGCACGAAUGAAAACUUGUUUGCUCAAGGCUGCCAAAUUAGUAUGUGGUUUCAUCAGAGGCAGAUCUACUGUUUCUUGUCUUGAGAAAGUUUAAUUACAUUUAUAUAAAUGUGAACUAAAUAUUGUAUCUAUUUGAUGUACGAAAUAGAAUGUACGAAUAUUAUCUAUUUGAUUACAUUUUCUAAAAAUGAUAAAAUGUUUGUUGCGAAUAAAAAAUAGGGUUUUAAAUAUAGGCAAUGAAACUUUAAAUGGCUUGUUUUGGAAGCCGAAAGACAAAACACCAGAAGGAAAUUGAAAGAAAAAUGUUUGUAUUGUGUUACAAAAAGAAACAAUAGACUGUUUGAUGUCUAGUUGAAGAAAUCCUUUGAGCAUAGAGUUGGGCCAGGAGGUGUGUGGCAACAUAUGGCUCACGUGUCGCGCUUGUCUCUCACCUAACUAUCUCUUUUAAUACUUAUUUGUGCCGCACCCCCACAGACGCACGCCCCCCGUGCCGUUGCAGCGCGCGCCUGUGUGAGUGGACUUCUUUCGGCGUGCCCCUGUGUGCGGGCGAAUUUCUUUCGAGACGUAAUAAGGGGACCGUUUCUUUCCCGCUAAGGUUUUAAUGUCGACCACGUUUCGGUGGCGGACGCCCGCGCCUUUCCGCGGUUACCGGUCGAAACUUUUUUUAAUUUUGUGCGGACAUUGUGCUUUGUGUUUACUGUUUGUGGAUUUAUCUGAGAAGUUCUUUUUUUUGUUUGAGAUACCAUCAGAAAACAUGCCACCAUCAUUUUGCUCAAGAAGUUUCUCCCAAAAGUUGUUCGAAAAUGUAAGAAGCAGUCAUCCCACUGCUGAAGUUAUGUGACGGUUGUGAACUCUACAAGACUUAGACUCUAUGUUAGUGUAAGUGGACGAGGACUAAAAGACUAAUGUUAGUGUAACAAGUAGUGUAUGUGGAGUAAGGGACAAUGCAUUUAUCAAGUGAAGUGAGUUCUACUACGAAUGGACUGGGCCAUGAGGCGCCAUCUUCGAGUUACGGGAACAAUUUGCCGAGUCAGCCUUUGACGGCGGAGUUGUUGGCUGAGAGGACCCUGGAAGGUCUUUUGGCUGAUCAUCCUGGAGAGCUCGUGAAGACCGGCAGUCCUCAUGUGGUGUGUACAGUACUACCACCUCACUGGAGAUCGAACAAGACGUUACCAGUGGCUUUCAAAGUGGUGGCUCUAGGAGAGGUCGGGGACGGCACGCUGGUCACCGUGAGGGCUGGCAACGAUGAGAACUGCUCCGCGGAGCUCCGGAACUGCACCGCGGUGAUGAAGAACCAGGUCGCCAAGUUCAAUGACUUGAGAUUUGUUGGGAGAAGUGGGAGAGGUAAAUCCUUCACAUUAACGAUCAUGCUGGCCACCUCCCCCCCUCAAGUGGCGACAUACCAGAAGGCUAUAAAGGUGACUGUGGACGGGCCCCGGGAGCCGCGCUCCAAGACCCGGCAUCACGGCUUCCAUCCCUUCCACUUCGGACCAAGGUUUCCGCCAGACCCGCUCAUGGGGUCUUUACCUUUUAAGUUAUCAGGCAUAGCUCACCAACUAGCCGGUUUGCCUGGUGGCGAGUGGGGCGCGCUUGCGCGGCACUACCCCCCGCCGCUGCUGCCCACUCCUGCGCACUUCACGCCACACGUACUACCACCGGCGCACACGCAACACCACAUACCUCCAGCACCGCAUGAAACUGAUGUGACGUCAGAUAACCCUAUCACAAUGCACGCGCACAGCACGACGAGUCCAGCAAACUCACGUCCGAGCUCACCACAAGACGAUGACAUCUCUGUCACAGCAUCCAGUAGCCCGCCACCGGACGACCGCCCCGGAGCUUUCACGUCCGUCACCAGGACAAGAAAACCCCUCCAGCCGCUACCAGCACCUUCAUCCCUCUUCCACAGCGCGCUAGCAGCUCAACUAUUCCUCAAUUCCCCUUUACUACCAACGCCUCCAGCUUGGUUGUACUCGCAACUGUACGGUGGCUACGAUUGGUGGUUAAGACCGCCUCCUCCUCAAGAGGAUUCGAACCAUUCGAGUCCAGAGAGGGAGGAGGAAAGCUCAAUUGCUUCAGGAACAGUAAAGAAACGUCCAGCGUCUCCGGAAUGGGCGGAGCAAGGGAUGCGGACCCGGAGUAAAUCGCUCAUCACGUCAGAAAGACGGCCGGUUGACGUGUGGCGCCCCUACUAGUGUACGUGAUUUUUAAACUGUCCAAUAACGCGAUUAUGUAGAACAUUAUUUUUUACAUUCAGUGUAAAAUUGUCGAGUUUCUGUGUUAGCGCAGAAUGUGUAAAUAAUAGAAUUUUUAAUGCAAGAGUUCAAGAGGGGCUUACCUUCCGACUUUAUAUUGCUGUUUGGGAUAAUUGAAAUGAGACAUCCGAAAUUACGAAUAAGGGAUACUACGAUAUCGUGUGAUCUGCAGAAAGUUAUCCGUUGUACAUAAGGUGUGUGUAUUGUGGUAUAAAUGUGCCGUGAUCAUGAAGAUAUUUUUAACAAAAUUAAUGAACAAUCGUUCUCCGUUCGUCCCGUUUCAAGUGAUGGACAAACAGACAUUUGGAAAACAACUUGUCAUAUUGGUUGCGGUAAAAUAGUGGUUAUUGUCGAAUGAUAGGUGUUUUUACGUUAGAUAAUUGAAUAUGAAUUUCAAAUCGUAACGUUUAAUGAAUUGUUGACUGUAUUAUAAGAUAAUGCAAAUGUGUAAAUAAAGUUAUCGAAAUUUU